UAAAUCUUUGGACCUUACUUUAUUUCGCUCUUUCUUAUUCUUUUCUUCCUUUACCUCAGCUCCUUUCAUUCUCUUCUUCGUAAAGCAAAAAGUAUGGGACUCGUUUGUUGUAAAGAAGAACCUGUCGAUCUGUUGAGUGAAGUUGAAUUAUCACACUUUGUACUUUUACGAUCGGUUGGCAAAGGGGCGUUUGGGAAAGUUCGAGUUGUACAACACAAAGGAAACAAAAGAUUGUUUGCUUUGAAGUAUAUCAAUAAGGAUAAAUGUAUACAGAUGAAUGCAAUGGACAACAUCAUCUCAGAAAGACGCCUUCUCGAGAAAAUCAAUUUUAAUCUUAUUGUCAACUUACGAUACGCUUUUCAAGAUGAUGAAAAUCUAUUCAUGAUACUUGAUUUAAUGCUCGGUGGCGAUCUACGAUUUCACUUGGAUAGACUGGGUCUUCUACCUGAAGAAUAUGUUCGAUUUUAUGCAGCAGAGAUAGCCUUGAGUUUGAAUUACUUACAUAGCAGGAAUAUCAUUCAUAGAGAUUUGAAGCCUGAUAACAUACUGUUGGACGAAAAAGGCCAUGCGCAUCUAUCCGAUUUCAAUAUAGCCGUGCAGUUGAAUCAAAGGAGAACAAAGCCUCUGACCUCUAUAGCGGGCAGUCUUGCAUAUAUUUCCCCCGAAAUACUGAAAAAGCAAGGCUACUCAUUUUCGACGGAUUGGUGGUCACUCGGGAUCGUCAUUUACGAACUUUUAUUUGGUCAGAGGCCAUUCCAAGCAAAGUCUAACGAAGACUUACAAAAAGCAAUACUGUCAGAUCCCGUUGAAUUCCCAAAAGAACCUAAAAUAUCUCCUGAAGCUGUAAAUUUUGUUAGAGAGCUUUUGACGAGAGACAUUCACAAAAGACUUGGAGUAGGGGAUGCAGGUUUCAGGAGAUUGAAAAAACAUCCAUGGAUGAAGGAUAUAUGCUGGGACAUUUUAGCAUCAAAAUCAGUCGGUGCACCGUUUAUCCCAGAUGAAAAAAAAUCAAAUUUUGAUCCCACACACGAAUUAGAAGAGGUUCUGCUAGAAGAAAAUCCACUUAAGGUUAGGAAGAAAACCUCAGCAGGCAAUAAAAGAGACUCGAUGAAUGCAGAUCAAUAUACAUUUGAAAUUAUGGAAGAAAAGAAGAUCCUAGAAGAGAAGUUCUUGCCAUAUGAUUAUACUAAACCCAUAGAAAAUGAUUUUCGAUCUUCAUCGAAAUCUGCCUCUUUUAAUAAACACAAAAGAAAGGUAAGUUUUUAUAUGGUAGACUACAAGCCCUGAAGAAUUAACUAUUAAACCGUCCGAUGUCAAAAUGUAGGAUGAAAGAAGGAACUCGACGGAUGAAAAUUAUCCUAUGCUACAAAAGUUUUUAACCAAAGAUAAGGAUGCUAGGAAUCUAAGCAAGCCGCCAACUGUUGCUCAAGUAGCUCGAUUAAGUAAAGUCUCUUAGUCAUCAAUGGUCAAAGUUUACUUUUGCUUCGUUGCAGCACACGUUUAACGUGAUGUUCACCUGUAAAAUCUUUUGAACAUAUUACUUAUUGAUCCAAGCAUAGCAAAUUACUAUAAUAAAUAAUACAAAUUCCAAC